AAUACAGGUAAUUUUUACAUUAUGUACACAUUUUGGAAUUUUACAAAUUAUUCUUAAGUAUCCAGAAGCAAAAAUACAAACUUUUUUUUUUCAAGGUAAAAAAAAUCGCGCCUUGUACAGAAAUGUCACGGAGAAGCCUGCCAGGUCUCGCGGGUGGAGCACCUUGGGGAGGGGCGGGGCGGAGUCGCGCGGAACGUGACGUUUCAAACCUGCGCGCCCCCCGCGAGCGCACAGACCGGCGUGGUCUCAGAUAGGGACGUUUGGACUCGGGCCUGUGCAGAUGCAGCAGCUGGGAGUCCAGCGCUUCGCCCCGCCCCCGCUGGGUUGACCCACAGCUCAAUAGGAGUUGCAGAGGGGAAUCAAUGGAUUCAGGAAGCAGUAGGAAUUUGGAGAAUACAGUGAAUAGGGACUGUCCUGACCAGCUUGUCCCAAAGAUAAACACAAACAAGAAAAUGUCUACCUUAGCAAGCCAGCCACGCAUCCUGGAAACAUCACAAGAAGUUAAGAAAAGUUGUGGAGAUAAACAGGUAGAAAUCACAGUGGAAAGAAUAAAAAUGACAAAGAGCAUCAAAGAAAAACAUAGCAAUGAUUUAGAGAAAGUGGCUUUUAAAAGAAAGGCAGAAAAUGAAGAAAAGCCAGCUGGAAAGAAAGAGGCAAAGAUAACGGAACUUGACAGCACAUUGAUCACCAUGCCUCUGCCUCACAUCCCCUUAAAAAAUAUCAUGGAUGUGGAGGCGAAGUUGGUCUACGUCGAUGAAGAGGAUGUGAGCUAUGAGUUUGUAGAGUCCUUCGUGUCUACUGGGAUUCGACCAUCAUGCCAAGCUGCUGAAAUUGUAGACCCUCUGCAUGUACCUAAUUUCAGCUUUCUGCCUCAGAUUGACAAAUGGCUUCAGUUAGCCUUAAAGGAUGCCAGCUCUUGCUACAGACAAAAGAAAUACGCCGUGGCAGCAGGACAGUUCAGAACAGCAUUGGAGCUUUGUAGCAAAGGGGCAGCUCUGGGAAAACCAUUUGAAGCAUCUGCUGAAGAUAUAGCAAGUGUGGCAAGUUUCAUUGAGACAAAGCUUGUUACAUGCUAUCUACGCAUGAGGAAACCCGACCUUGCCCUGAAUCAUGCACACAGGAGUAUUGUUUUAAACCCAGCUUAUUUCCGAAAUCAUCUUCGCCAGGCAACAGUGUUUAGAUGUCUGGAGAGAUAUUCAGAAGCUGCUCGGAGUGCCAUGAUUGCUGACUACAUGUUCUGGCUCUGUGGAGGAAGUGAACAGUGUAUAAGCAAGCUCAUCAAACUGUAUUGGCAGGCCAUGAUUGAAGAAGCCAUCACCAGAGCAGAAUCUUUCUCAGUUAUGUAUACACCAUUUGCAACAAAAAUCAGAGCUGAUAAAAUAGAAAAAGUAAGAGAGGUUUUCACAAAAACUCAUCCUGCAUAUGUGGAAUACAUCUACACAGAUCUUCAAGGAGUCCACAUGUUGCCUCAGACAGCUGACUGGUCAUCUUUUCCUGCCCAACAAUACCUCUUGACUCUUGGGUUCAAAAACAAAGAAGAUGGAAAAUUUUUGGAAAAACUAUCAAGUAGGAAGCUGCCUACAUUUACAGAACAUAAAACUCCCUUCGGUCUGCUGACCAAAGAAGACACAGUGAGGCACAUGGAGACAAUGGGGAAGCGGAUCUUGCCAAUACUGGAUUUUAUUAGAAGCACCCAAUUGAAUGGGAGUUUCCACGGGUGCUCGGGUGUGAUGGAGAAGCUGCAGUAUGCCAGCCUCCUGAGCCGGCUGCAGAGAGUGAAGGAGCAGUCCCAGGUGAUCAAUCAAGCAAUGGCGGAGCUGGCAACCAUUCCCUAUCUACAGGACAUCAGUCAAGAGGAGACAGAAUUGCUGCAGUCACUAAUGGCAGAUGCUAUGGACACCCUUGAAGGAAGAAGAAACGAUAAAGAACGUGUGUGGAAUACAAUCCAAAAGGUUGGACGAAUUGAAGACUUCCUAUACCAAUUAGAGGAUAGUUUCUUAAAAACUAAAAAACUGAGAACCGCUAGAAGGCAAAAAACAAAACUGAAGCAGCUUCAAACUGUGCAGCAAAGCUAGUCACUGGGGAGCAGGUGCUACUAACCAUCAAGAUGUCCCAGAGAAAGGGGCAAUGGCCUCCAACCAACCUGACUCUGACAAUCCAGUAACAAAGGCCUAUCACCAAAGAAGUGAGGUUGGACUCCCCUUGGCUCUUCUUUACAAAGGUGUUCUAUACUUCAUUAAUCUUGGCUGGCAGCAGUAAAUGUUCUCAACAAGUUUGACUUGACUCUUGUUCAAAUUCGACUUAUGUAAACAGCUUAUAAAAUAACCAUUGCUGCCUCUUUCACCUGCUUUGUUCUUUCAAAAUCUACUAAGGUUUACUAGUUCUACCCAAGUAUGUUUGUAGUAUUCGUUCAUAGUCAUGUGUAUGAUCAAGAAUUAUUCACAUACCUUAUAUAGAUACGGACAAACAAUAUGCAUGCAAAUUUACAAAUUAUCAAACUGAUAAUAUACUUUCUCAAUCCUUAUGGAGAUAAGUCAGAUGUGGUAUGGCUGAUAUUAUCAGUUGAAUUAUCUCAUUAAAAUCUCUAUUCUCUCCUCUG